UUGACUAGUUGUGAUCUGUGGAUAAGUAGGUCGUUUCGUCGAGAGUCGUUUGAGCCCCUCUGAAUUUUUCGUUUUUUCUGGUUUUACUUUAAAGAACACUUUAAAUUAAGCAGUGUCAGCUAAAAAUUCCUAGAUGGUCCAUUAAUUAACCCAAAACGCACUUUCAACUUUUGAAAUUCGAACGUGAAGACGGAGUCGGAACAUAACCCACACAAACACACCGACUUUACAGAUUAUUUAUGGCCAAAAGGUUCAAUUAAAAUAAAAAUACCUUUGUGUUCAGAGACAGGUAGUAUUUAUAAAGCAAGUUCUCCCUUGACUCUGCUUGUGUUAGCCUUGAAAUGAGCGACAAUCCUAAAGAGCGCGUGAAUGCAGUCUUGCCUCAAGAUAUCCUGCCCGGUCCAGACUUAGCUAAAAGCGAAGCUGUAGACUAUAUUCAGUCUUUCAUCAAACAAACAGUGCCUAGCGCCGAUUUGAGAAAUCUGAAGACCGAUUUGAAAUGGCAGUUUCUGUUGGAACAUCACUCGGUGAUCAAGGCGAAGAGGCGGAAGCAGAAGAAAACGUUCCUCACCAGGCAACAGAGGAAGAGCAUGGGGCUUUUGAAACUGCCAUCAGAAGGCUGGAACUAUCAGUCGCUGGAAAAGAUGCGAAAUUUAUGGCAGGAUUACAUGAGGGGUAAUUUAGAACUGGUGAACAGGGCGCCCUCAUGUUCAGAUCAGGAAUGGAACAGUUUUAGUGUGAUUGUUGCAAAAUCAGAAAUGGUAGGAGCUGAACUUAAAGUGGUCAAAUCCAAGGUGCCCAGUUUGAUUGGCAUGAGCGGCACGGUUGUUUUGGAAACGAAAAUGUCCUUCCAACUAGUCACUCCUGAGAACAAACUAAAAACGAUUUUAAAAGACACCUCCGUGUUCGAGUUUGUUAUUGACAAGUUAAAGUUCACCUUUUUCGGAAAGCACCUUGCAACCAGGCCCAGUGAUAGGAGUGUGAAGAAAAUCAAAAGCAUCAUGCAUCCAGAUCUAUAGUGAACAGUCGAUGACUUGUGGACCUCCACGGGUGCUGCUCUUGGGGCGGUAAAUCAUUUGUGAUCGACCGCCCAUGCCAUUUAGGUCAACUUAGCACAAUUGAGAAAGACAUUGAAACCCGUUAUGUUUCUUUAUAAAAUAGUAUAUCAUUAAAAACAAUGUAUUUGUAAA